UAUCUCCGAAAUGCCAGAAGCCUGUCCAGCUCGUUUCAACUGAAUCACUUCCCGAUUUAGACGACUAAUCAAAAGAAAAUGUUCCGCUACGGUGUCCUAUUGCUGAUCGCUUGCAGCGUUAUUGCCGCUACAGCGGAGGAGUGGAAUGUUGUUCCAAAGGGUGAAAUUGAAGAGAGGCAAUACACUUGCUCGGGCACUCUGGUUCGUAAUGCUGACGGAACAACUUCCUGCGUCGUCCAAGUUGGCGUCUCCAGCACCGGCUAUCCCAUCUACAGAGUGACCAAUCUUAACACCGGAGUCACCUCGUUUGUAACACAGACGGGCUAUAACGCUUACGGCCAACCCGUCUACAGCGUUUCUAGCACCUAUCCUAUGACCACAUAUGUCAACACCUGCUCGGGAACGUUGGUUACCAACAGUGACGGCACAAGAUCCUGCGUAACCCAAGUUGGCGUUUCUAGCCUGGGCUACCCAAUUUACACCGUAACUAAUUUGAACACAGGUGUUACUUCUUACGUAACACAGACUGGUGUGAGCUCCACCGGUACUGCUGUAUACAGCACCACGUCUACGUACCAGGGUGGAACCACGACCGCUGCCACCACUUGCUCUGGUACCAUUGUCACGAACAGCGAUGGCAGCAGAUCCUGCGUCACCCAAGUGGGAACGUCGAACACUGGCUACCCCAUUUACCAAGUGACCAAUUUGAACACUGGCAUCACCACCUACGUACAACAAAUCGGAACUAACACAUCUGGCCAGCCUGUAUACAGCACAACCAGUGUUUACCCCGUUAACACUACGUUCGCUUGCUCUGGUACAUUGGUCACCAACAGCGAUGGCACCAAAUCGUGUGUCACACAAGUUGGCACGUCUGUCAAUGGAUAUCCCAUUUACCAAGUUACGAACUUGAACACCGGCAUCACCAGCUACGUUGAACAGACAGGCAUUAGCUCAACUGGCCAGCCCGUCUACAGUGUCACACCUUACUUCCCUACUGGCUCCCUUGCUCCCGCUCCCGCUCCGGUCACCGCUGCCCCGGUUACAGCUGCCCCGGUUACAGCUGCCCCGGUUACUGCUGCCCCGGUUACAGCUGCCCCCGUCACCGCUGCCCCGGUUACAGCUGCUCCCGUAACACUUGCUCCUGCCCCCGUAACCGCUGCUCCAGCUCCUGUCACCGCAGCCCCUGUCCCCAAUCCUUUCGUCUAUUAGGUACCUGAUCAUGACCGUCAAAUAUUGUCUACCAUCUUCUUCAUUGAAACGGGAAAAACAUCAGCUUUAUGGAGCUUUUGGCUACAAUUGUCUUUCAAACUGAUGAUAGUUUUGUCAAAUGUGCAUACAGCGACUCGACUAACAUGCAGUUCUUUUAAAAAUACACUGGGAUAUUAAGCAGCAA